ACUGCCAAUGAAUUAAACACACUUAAAGCUCCACUCAUUUGUAUGUGUGCGUGUGUUUGUUUUCAGAGUGGAAGUGACAUCAACGCACGUCUGAAUCUCUCUGAUGCUGAAGUGGCGGAGAGUGAGAGGCGACAUAUGUUGUUCGGCCGUCCACGGGUUCUGCAGUCUGACGCUGAAUACUGUGUGCUUCAUCAGCAUGGAUUCAUCACGGCCUACAGCACACGCACACACACGCCAGUCUGGAGCUCCUUCACUUUGGACAAAACCACUGAAAGUUCUCCGGUCAUCUCAGAUUGCCUCCGGGCAGACGUCAGGAUUCCGGCAAAUGAGAGUGCGACAUGUGACCAGUACAACAACGCUGGCAACAUCACACAUGCCUUGCUGUUCCCACCCAAUCUGAACCACACAUCUGAAGAUCAGUUUGAUGCUCUGACACUUGGAAAUGUGGUGCCCGUCUACCCACAGUUCAAAAGACUCUGGCAGUAUUUUCAGGAGGUUCUGCUGAUCAAAUACGCAUCUCAGUAUAACGGUAUUAAUGUGGUCACCGGCCCAGUGUACGACUACAACUUUGAUGGACACUUUGAUUCUCCAGAGCAGAUCCAUGAGUUCGUUGCAGGUUCGCCUAUUCCCGUUCCCACUCAUUAUUUCGCGGUCCUGACGAGCUGUCAGAACGACACGCAGACAGUGAGUGAAUGUUCUGGUGAACUUCAGACGGUUUCCUUCCUGCUGCCGCACAGGAGCGACAACAUGGAGAGCUGUGCUGACGGCCAGCCGGAGUCCCAGUGGGCGGAGCCUCUCCUGUGGAUGCACCAAUCACGCGUCAGAGAUGUGGAGUGGAUCACCGGGUUGGACUUUUUCCAGGACAGCAAGCGUCCAGUCGCUGAGCUCCUGCGCCUGAAGACCCGCCCCACCGCCGCCAUUCAUCCCAAAGCCUGAGUCUGUACGUCGCUCUUAUGUGUGUUGAUUUUGUUCAUGUAUUUAUUUGACCCUCGUAAUGCAGAUCAAUUCUGACCUAGAAGAGAUGCAAAAAAAUUCCUAAAAAAAAUGUUAGUAAAAACAAAGCUUUGCAAAUGCUUUAGCGCCCUCAAAAUACACUUUUCAGAUUUUUUACAAUUAUUUUUUUCAGAGAUAUAACGUGUUUCAUGUUCAGGUCAUUUUGACCCUCAUAUGUAUGGAGUUCCAUUAAGUGUUAAAAUACUUUCUGUAAAAUGUACCUGUGAGGUUUUAUUAGUGUCAAAAAACAUUUGUAAAAUAUAUUUAGGCUUUUCCCCAUAUCUCACACACUUCUGGACUGAAUUGUGUUGAUGAACAUGAAUAUGUGUGUCUACUGACAAACCAUUAGAGCAGGAAAAAUUGAUCUGAAAGUAAAAAUUCAUGCAAGUAAAAUUAAUUUAUUUUGUUUGAAAACUAAUUUUUAUUUUAUUAGAAAUAAAUAUGUAGGCUACAAAAAUGUGGAGUGUUUUGAGCAAUUGUGGGUUAUAAAUUUCAAAGAAAUUUAAUUUAAUUCCACUCGUUCCAAUGAGGAUUAAUAAAUUAAUGAUUAAUUUAUACAUUUUAGAAAUUUCACACAGUGUUAUAUAUUACAGUAUCUCAUCAGUAUUUAAAAAAAUUUGGAUAUUUUGCAUCAUACUUUGUUUGGUGUAGUUCAUGUGUAAUUUUAAAUGAAUUAUUAAAAAGAGAUAGAUGCAGUAAUAACAUGGUAAUAUUCCAAGCUUUGCAACUGCAGUGCAAUAUGGUUUUAGUUGGAAAAUAGCAAGCUUUGACUUAUUUUGUAUAAAAUAAUGAUUCUCAGGGUUCAGACGAAUAGUGUGCAGAUUCUGACUGCAUUGUUCGAGCAUCUGUGCUGUAAUAACUGGAUUUUAAUGAUGUCCCUCCUCUCACUGUGAAUGAAUCUUCAUUGAACUUAUUCUGAUUCACUGCAGUUUCUGAGUAUGACGUGUUUCAUAUGAAAAUGUGUCAUAACUCCUAAGGCAUUAAAAUGACUUCUGCACACA